GUCGGAAUAAAUAAUAAAAUUACAGUCAUUAGAAGAGUUUGGGUUAGUUGUAUUUUUUUCUUGAUAUACACGCGCAAUGAGCGAUCAAGAAAUUAUAGAGUUAAUGGACUCGGUGUUACCGUUAGUUUUAGAAUCCGGAAAAAUCCUACUGGAAACGCAAGACGAAAGUAUCGAAAUGGACAGUAAAAAAGCCAUCUGGGAAGUGGUGACCGUAUACGACCAGAAAAUCGAGGAUGUUCUCAUGAAAGGCAUCAAAGAGCUGUACCCCACGCACAAGAUCAUCAGCGAGGAAGAGUGUUCCCAGAAAGACGAGAUAGCUAAACUGACAGAUGCGCCCACUUGGAUAAUAGAUCCUAUAGAUGCGACUGCAAAUUUUGCAAAAGGAAUGCCCAUAACUUGUAUUUCUGUAGGACUGACUAUCGGCAAAGAACAAAUAUUGGGGAUAGCUUACAACCCUUUCAUGAACGAACUAUUUACCGCUACAAAGGGAAGAGGCGCUUACCUAAAUGGCAAAAAGAUCUGCACUAGUGGACUUACAGAUAUAAAAAGGUGUAUUUUUAACUAUGAGAUUUCCCUGGCCAGGACAAGUACCCACCUGUACAACGUGUAUAUGUUUAGGCUUAAACAUUUAAUAACAGAGAUCCUUGGCAUUCGCUCCUACGGCUGUCCUGUUCUGGGACUGUGUUACGUAGCAUGUGGACGUGUUGACGCAUAUCAAUGCGAUGGACUCUACCCAUGGGACGCAGCAGCUGGUACCUUAAUUGUCAAAGAAGCCGGAGGUCAUGUGGUAGAUACUACAGGCAAAUCCGAAUUCGAUGUGAUGGAACCAAACUUCCUGGCUACGGCUUCGAAAGCGCUUAGCGACAAGUUUAUUGAAAUCGAAAACCGAGCGGAUAGGGAACGUUCAGUUGCCAUUUCAAACAAUAAGGAGUAUUCGCCAUUGUGAUGGAAACAAACCUUACUUUAUUUCGGUGACCAUAGACGAAAAUGUUUUAAAAAAAGAGACAGACAACAGCAAUCUUCCAAUGGGAAUAGCGAAUCAUAAAAAAUAUAAAUCGAAAACCCACUUCUCUCCCACUUUUUUGACCACUGAUAGUUUAUUUAUAGUGUUUGUAUUUUAAGUUCGCGGUAAUCAUGUGUAUAGGUAACAUAAAGAGUUACACUACUACAUCGUUUUCGUAUUUUUUUCAGCCUCCACUUUCGUUGACAGUGUUAGGAAAUACUUGGUAAAUUGCGACCGACGUUCAUGACCUAUUUUUUUUGUCUUUUUUCAAACACAGACGAG